AUGAGCCAUCUCCCAGCAAGUCCCCGCAAGGGGUCCCCCGUCCUGCUGCCGCGACGCCUUUCCGAAGAGCUCGGUGACUUCUCAUUCUCCAGCGAUGAGUACGACGAUGAGGAACAAGGCGACGAGGAGGAUGAGAUAUACAACGGCAUCGAAACCCCAGCCUCAUCGCGCAAGUCGUCACAUAGCCCAGCAUCGGCAGCUCCAGGACACCACUUCCGAAUCGGAACGCACCGAAAAGAAAAACGACAGCCGCCCUUCGACGGCGGUCUCUAUGCCCCCUUUCCGCCGCUCAUCCACCUGCCCGUACUGCCGGAUGACUUCAUCUCAAGUGCCGCCGACGAGGUUGUCAAGAUCAUGCCCGAGCAGGCGGAUUUCAUGAAGCGCAUGGUCGAGGGCUGGAGGGAGAUCCAGCGUCGAUCGUCGUAUCGCCGGGUAUAG